AUCAGCAAGAGGCCUGGCAACAUCAAUCAGUUUGAGUUUGGUUGCAAAAAAAAAAGAGAAAAUUGACCCAAAUUCUGAGAAAACCUAAAUCGUUUUCCCCGCACCACUAGCCAAAUUCAGAGUUCAUCAUUCGUUUGUGAUAGUUUGAAAAAGCCAAACAUGACGCGCUUUUGGCCAAUGAUUUUUCUCUGGGCUCGCUCUUCUACAGGAAUUUUCUCGACUGUCUUAAGUGAAAAUGGUUGGGAAAACUGGAAAAGCCGCGAACGUAUUCGUCCGUGGUCACUAGUUCUGCAUGCCUCCUCUGAUAUUGAAAUUAGAAAAUCGAAAGCUCCUUUUAAGAAACAAGUUCUUGAAUCUCGUCAUCGGGCUUCGUUCCGAGAUUACGCCAUCAGGCAGUACGAAAAUCGACUGAGAUUGUACUCGCAUCCGUCGAAGAUUUUCAGGUAUUUUGCCACCAUCAAAAUGAAAAACAAGUCUGGAAAAUACGAGUCGUAUAUGACACCCUCCGAUUUCCUGCGAUCAAUUCAGCCGGGGGCCAGGCAGCCAGAGAACUUGGGCCUGGAUAGGUUCCACAGUCUCGAUGGGAAGGCGGCCAGCAAGUGGCAGCCAUCCGACAGUGGGGACAGCAUUUUCCUAAAGUUUGAGAAACGUGGCCUGCUAACCUACAGCGACUAUUUGCUCCUGACCAUCCUGCUUUCCAUACCAGAGCGAAAUGUUCGCAUUGGCUUCAAACUUUUCGACCUAAACGGCGACGGCAAUGUGAGCAUCGAUGAAUUGGAGCACGUCCUGGUGGCAAUCACCCAGGGUGAAGCAUCCAUGCUGAACUCCCAUCUGAAGAACCACCUUUUCGGGUCGCAAAACAGUAGAACGCUAAGUAUCUGUGAGUUUCUGGAGUUCCUUCACGAGUUGCACACAGAGGUCCACAGGCUGCAGUUUAAGAGCUUGCUUAAGGAAUCCAGAUCUGUGAUCUCCGAAGUGGACUUUGCCAAAGUAGUGCUGGGCCUCAGAAAUUCACGCAGCAAACGACGCGAAGCACUGAAGCGUGUGAAGACAAAGUUUGGUCAUUUGAAUGAAGGUAUUACGGAAAAAGAGUUUCUGGACUUCUUCCGUUUUGUACAGGAUAUAAAUGCUAUGGACAAUGCACUCGCCUUCUAUUAUUUUACCGGAGCGGAUAUCUCGAGAAACACGCUGCGAAACAUCUCGCGUGUGGUGUCCGGCGUAAAACUGUCCGACCAUCUCACAGAUGUCAUCUUCUCCAUCUUCGAUCACGAUUGCGACAAUAUUAUACAGCGAAAGGACUUUAACCGUAUGCGACGCCAGUGGAUGUACCCCGUUCCCCAGCGAAAAAAUCUGAGGCUCUCAUCCGCUUUUUGCAUUUUGUGCAAGUGCACCUGGAAAACACUGCCAUGGUGGAAGUCUAUAAGACAGUCCCCGGAAUUCACACAUUUCUGGUGACGGUCCUUUAGGCAUGAGCGCUUUUAGCUCACUGACAGCAUACACGGAUGAAAAUUUGUUAAAAUAUAAAUUAGAGAUGGCUUC